AUGGCCAUUGAAUCUUGCAUUCAACGAUGCCUCAAGAGCCCUUUGGGACAACGAAGAUUUCCCGAGGGCUUCGAAGAUCCAACAUGGACUGAAGAACAACGGAUGCUGCUGGGCUUUUGGCGAUUCAUGUACUGGAAUCAACUCAAAACAGACAUGAAGAGAGGUUUGUUACGAUGGACUCGCCUUGACUUGGCAAAGCUGGAACGUUGGUUGCCGUAUGAGGAUUCUCCUGCGGUCUUCGGCAAGCAGGCAUACACUGCGCUCUUCUAUAUCGAAGAUCUCAUCGCCCCAGGAGCGCCAAAAAGAAAGCUGCCCGCGUUACAUAUAAAGUCAUUUGAAUUGCUUGAACUUCCGAAAGAAAAGGAGUUUGGAUGGAAGUGUCAACCAGCUCCCUCUUCGCUGGCUAUCACUCAACAUUGGCAACCUGGUGAGAAGUUUCAUGAAUUGACUGCCCCUGAAGUCAUUCAAAAAAUUGCACGAUUAUAUAGCGCCGAGCAUGAUGAACUGUCCGAUCUUACUCACGUGAGUUGCCCGCGUGGCUAUUGUAACGGAAGUUCAAGCGUCAAAGACGAGGGGUAUAGCUCGGAUUCUAGCUCAGGCUCUAACUCUGGAGGCGAUAUUAACCCCCAAACUGGUGAGCGUUUACGUAUUCGUUCUCCUCAUGGAUCUACCUUAAGGUACCCUACCUCUGAAGAGGAUACUGAAAUCCAGUAUUGGUCAGUAUUGACGCGUCAUUUUCAUGACUGGAAUCCACGACCAGUGCGAGAUUUUGAUUCGGAAUUGAAGGAGAGAGAUGAGUGGUUUGACUUAGGAAGACCGCCACUUGGGCUGCGGUUUUGGCGCAGCAUGUCCUUGGAUCCAGAAGGAGGACCUGCCAAGUACAUGUGGUUCGAGGGCUACAUACGGUAUGGAUUUGCCCUCUGGGAAGAGAAGCGCAUGAUUGAUCUUGGCUUGUGGUCGAAUGGCAUCAUAGACGAUAUGUCGGAGUAUUACCAGCGGUGGUAUCAAUUUCUUCACCCCGAGGAUAUCUCCCGUUAUAAGGUAAAGAGCCGCUUUCUUCGCUCCGAGGACGAACUUAUGAAUGAGGCUUAG